UCGAGUGCGCCUCGUUUUAAACUCCCACACCUUUUUUUUUACCAUUUACUAACACGGCUCAGUGAUAGUCGACUGUCCAGCGAACUAUCCGACAGUUUAGUGCAGUGGAGUGACCAGUGAUCUGUAAUCGAUAAUAAAUAGUGUCAGUGCCAAGUGAUCUAUCGGAUUAUUUUUGAAAAUUAAAAAAAAAAAAAAUACAAAUUAAUGUAAAAUGCAUCUGCCAGAAGGACCUCUCGCAAUGGAUAACUUCAGCUCGAUCCACGAUGCGCUGCGUGCAUGCCACGGCGAUCUGAUCCAAACCGGAAGUCCAGCAAUCCUCUGCACCGCGCUGCCCACUCAUUGGAGAUCAAACAAAUCGUUACCGAUCGCGUUCAAAGUCGUCGCGCUCGACGAAGUCAGCGAUGGCACGCCGGUGACGAUACGCGCCGGCAAUGACGAAAAUUGCUGCGGCGAACUGAGAAACUGCACCGCGGUUAUGAAAAACCAGGUCGCUAAAUUUAACGAUCUACGAUUCGUUGGUCGCAGUGGCCGAGGAAAGUCAUUUUCGUUGACGAUACAAAUCAGCAGCGUUCCUUCACAAGUCGCUACCUACUCAAAAGCAAUAAAAGUCACCGUCGACGGACCACGAGAACCGAGAUCUAAAUCAAAUUAUCAGUAUGGUCCUGGAUUCCCUGGACUUGGGCUGCUGAAUCCUUGGCUGGACGCCGCCUACCUGGGACACGCAUGGCACCUGCAUCAUCCUGCACUCAUUAAAGGAGCAAUGCCCAUGCCACCAGCGGAUUUAUUUACACCGGCAUUCGCACCCAGUAUGCUGCCAUCGACGUACCCCUUUCACGAGCACGUCAAGUACCCAACAGAGUAUCCAGGAAUGCCGACGACAAAAACCCCAGCAUUGCCGACUAGUCCAUCUCGUAGUCCACCGCAGAGUCCCAGUGACAGCAGCAGUGAAUCUGCCGCAGAAGAAGUACGCAGUGCCUUUGUGCCAAUUCGUCUCAACACGUUGCCAUUGUCAAACCUGAAUGUCAACGUCAGUGCUUCAAAAACAACGACACCUAGUACGCCGUCAUCACCAAUAAGAACUUCAGUGCCUCCUUCAAUCGUCAGUAGAAUCCCAGGGAAUCCUUCAGUGCCUGCCAGUAAAAAGGCCACCGAAGGUAUCCGCUGCGAACUUAAAGCGCCAACGACUUUGAUAUCUCAGGGCAGUCCUACGCCGAGCAAGAUGUCAUCAGUAUCAAAACCUGUAUGGAGACCUUAUUGAAAUAGGGCUUAAUCGCUUUGUGAUUGUGGUUUUUGUUACGAGAACCGUUGGAAGGCUAGUGAACAAGACGCUCAGCGUCGACGACAUAUAUUUCGAAGUUUAAUUCGAUCCUAAUAUAAUCUGUAUAUAACGUCCCUGUAUAUAAAAAUGAGUAUUUAUUGUAAAUAGUGUAAAUAUUAAGGGGUAAAAUAAAUCUAGAUGGACAAUAAAUAUGGCGGCGAAUGAUUUUAUGAGGGAGAGCUACGAGACUGUAUGAUAGGUGUGUCAUCAAAAUAUAUUUAUUAUCGUAACAUGUAUAUGUAAUUUAUGAUAAGAGAGAUUUAAUUGUAAAGAGAUUAUUAUA